AAAUUUGCAGCGUGAAUCGGGUGAAUGGACUAAAGCAGAGAACGAGUGGUGAAGGGAUUCCGGGCAGAGCCUGCGUUUUUGGGGAUGGCUAAAACUCACUGAUUCUUGGCAAACUGCAACUGGCCGGCAGCACCCUGCACUCAGCAAGUCUAACAAGGCAACUCCUCAGCAAUGCCCGAUUUCCGUGUGUUGCAAAUGCAGUUAAUUUAAACUGUUUCAGUGUUUUUGCGGUAGUCUGGAUGCAUUCCGGGGCUCUGGUCUGGUUACUCUCUGGGAACUUUUGCAACCGCCAGACUGGAGGGAAGGUCUUUAAGGACGAAGGGGUAACCUGUCUAUUAUAACGGACGAGAUCUAGCUGCUUCAGCCAUUAUCACUGCUGACUCGGAUAAUCACCAGGCUGAGAUGCAAUGCGAAUUGAAAGAACUACCCACUGUACUGGUAGAGGACAAUGGAAUGGAUGGAGAGAUCCUUGAGGUGAACAAUCUGGAACCCUGCGACAUGAGCCAGCAGAACUUUCUCGUCGAUCUGUACAAGUUUAUGAAGGAGAGGGGCACUCCCAUCGAGAGAAUCCCGCACUUGGGGUUUAAGCAAGUUAACCUGCUGACACUGUACAAGGCAGUUGAGAAGCUGGGUGGUUACGAAGCAGUUACAACCAGCCGCCUCUGGAAGAACAUCUAUGAUGAGCUGGGUGGAAACCCUGGGAGUACCAGUGCUGCUACGUGUACCCGUCGCCACUAUGAGAGACUGGUUUUACCGUAUGAACGUCACAUCAAAGGAGAGGAGGACAAGCCAUUGCCAGCCUUCAAGCCUCGGAAGCAGUACAAUGUCAUUAAGAACAAGGAGGGGAAAGGAUCCAGUACUGAUCAGAAGGAAAGAAGCAAACGGAAACGACUGAAAGACAGCAUGCAACUGAGCAGUGAGACUAACGGGAUGUUUCCUCAAGUGGUUUCUGAAGAUAUAGGAACGGAUAAGAACGAACAAGUACCUGUGGACAAGGAGUCCCCAAACCCAAAGAACACUACAACUGGGAGCGAAGACUCCAAAGACCAGUCACUAAAUGAACUCACACACCAGAAUGGCUGUGGGAACAAGUCUGCAAUGCAAGAUGUAUCGAGAGCCAGCGAGAGGCCCACACGGAGUGGGAUAUCUAAAGAGCUCUGGGACACAAAUGGCCCCUCACCAGAAGCGGUCUCCAUGGCAAUGAUGGGCAACAAGGUCGUGGGUCAUAAUGGACACUGCAUCACUACUGAUGUGGCCAUGGGCCUGUCGGAGGAGUUGACUGGGGCACACACUGCCAUUUGUGAAGAUGACUGGAAUGUUUCUCACCAACCACGAGCAUCAUCAGCCAGUAAGGAUGACCUUCCAGCACAGUUGCCGCCUGAAGCAGACAAAAGUCACCUGUCCAUCCUUCGCUCCAAAAGAGACCAAGAAAUAAUGUCUCCUUUGGCCAAGAAGAAAUUCCUUGCUCAAGGCAAUGAUGCAACUUCCCUCAGCUUUAACAGUGUGGGCAUUGCAUCAACCCCUGCCAGGGUCAAGUCAAGACAGGGCAGUGAGGUCCAGCACUCGCCUCCUGUCUGUGGCUCCCCUCCAGAGGUGAGCAUUCACAGACCGUCUGUGAUUCAUCAUGUUCAACCCCCGAGACAAGGCCACCUGGAUUACCGCUCGGAGUGGCCCUUCAACAAUCAUCUGGCCAAAUACCAGCUUCACUCCUUGGACCGGAUCUCCUCAAUUGAUGGCCAAAAGGCACAGGAAGAAAGGGAUCCAAAAGGAAGGGCAGUUGAGCAUUCACAGUCCCCACAGUGCCUUAGCAAUUUUUGUUGCAGCCCGUACAUGCACGGGCUAGUGAAACCCUUUUUCCAUUACCCCAGCAAAGGGAGUCCUUUUGGUUGCUGCGCUAAUCAGAGAAACUUCAGAGAGUUGAGCAGCACUGCAGUCCCAGCUCUGACAACUGACGCACACAAGAUGGCGAGGCACUACGGGAGGGCGCACAUUUCAAGCGAUCAACCAACGGACCUCAGCCUCCCCCGAGCCAGUGCAGCCAACACACCCCAGACCCAGGUGUCCUGGGUCACAGAGACCAAGAACAGCUCCUCGGCACUAAGGAAGAGCUUGUUUACUGGCCAGGCCUCCUCUUCCUCUGAAGGCCAUCCCAAAGCCUGCUGGGUUCCACCCAUUAGUGUCACCCUCCCCCGGAGGGUUCCAGCCAAGCGGGCGAAGAGUGCCGGGCCGCCAACCAACGCCAAGAGCGGGCCCCCCAACUGCCAACUUGCCCAGCCUACACAGAGAAGCCAAAAAGAGCUGGACACGGCUUAUGGGAAAAAGCUUCGCAUUGUCUCCCCUCUACUCAUUGCUAAGGAUCUGGAUGCUAAGGACAGCCAGGGGGUUGUUGAUGGUAAGGCACUGGGUAGUGACCAAAAGAACCCACUACCUGAAGUUCCUACCUGGCUGCCAACAGCACUGACACCUCAGGAUCCUGCCUUCUAUGAGGGAGUGAGGACAUGUUUCCCAGCCAGCUAUGGCCAUCACUUGAGCCACAUGAAGAGCCCGACCCUCUACUCACCAUACAUCCCCUCAUUCACUGUAAAUUCUUUCAUGAUCCCAACCAUUCAAGGACAGGUGCUGAGCUCCGCCGGGCAUCCUCUAGAUCUGUACAAGCACUUGGCUGCAGGCACAUCCUACGAAAACCUCUAUCGUCACAGACUGUACACGUCUCCACACUUGACCCCUUUCCAUGCAGGCCACAAACUAUAGCCACUUGAGCUCUGUAAUGACAGUUCUCCACCACCACCCUCCCAAUGGUUGUCAUUCCUCCGGUUAAAGAGACUCAAGAACUCAGGGUGUUGAGCCGGAGCAUGGUUUGUGAGGAAUGGGUGCAGAAGGAGAAAUAGACCAAUGCAGACUCUGAAUGGGGUGGGCUGGAGCACCCCCUAAACCUCAACUCCACUGCCCGUGGGCCAUGCAUGGUCCAUUCUGGGCAGGAUGCCAAAAAUUCGGUGCUCAUCAGAAGUUUGUGCAAGUUUUUGAAAAUGUAAAGUGGACCAAUUGUGUUUGGCUAGUGGAGUAAUACUUUAACUUGCAAGUGUUUGUUUCCAAUUUGAAGAAGCCUCUCAUAUUUUCAACUGGGUGAAGAUAGGAAAAAAAGUUGCUUUCUUCACCCAAAACUACUUAAGGGACUUUAAUUAGCCAACAACUUGGAAGGCUGAGACCUUUGACCCUAAGGGUAAAGGAAAGGGUCAGAAUCUCCUCAGGAAACGAGCUCUGGAGCCAAUUUCAGCAGCUCCUGUGUAAAUAACCCUCAGAAAUAUAACAGAAAAAUGUCUGGAGUCAAAGAAGCUUGUUGAGAUUUUGCUGCAGAGCACAGAAGAAUUCGAAUCGCAAGUUCCAAGCGAUUGCAAUUCCCAAAUCUUGCAUAGAACUAUUUCCAAAACAUGGACCUUCUGAUGUGAUUUUAUAUAUAUAAAAAAUGAAAAUUUGAAAUAACACAUCUUUUUGUGUGUGAGUAAAAUAACAAAGUGUAUUGACUGAUUGUGAGAUAUCUGUCUGAAACAUCGGAACAGGAGGAGGCCAUUCAGCCCCUUGAGCCUGUUCAGCCAUUCAGUGAGGGCCUAGUUGAAAUGUAUCUUAAGUCCAGUUAUAUUUAUUCCCUUAACUAACAUCACUAAAACAGAUUAUCUGGCCAUUUAUCACAUUGCUGUUUGUGGGAACUUGCU